UCAGCGUCAUUAGUAACAAAAUAAAGAUAGUCUACAUUCUGAAAUCGUUUCUUUUUUUGCAGCUUACCUUACAUGCUCUUAGUAUUAGAUCUAUAAUGUAUAAUAUAUAGACCUAGAAGUUGAGUUUGCUAUGUUUAGAUCUAGUCUGAACGUACAUUUCAGCAAUUAAUUAAAUCCAGGAUUAAGUGAAUGGAUUAAUAAAUAAUAUUGGUAAAAAUUUUUUUAGACUUCAAUAACAACAAAAUGUCAAUAAUUAAUUCAAGCUCAACUGCUAAGGAACCAGCUGCUACUGCACCUCCUCUUAGACGUAGGAGAACAAAACUUAUUUUUGAAAAAAAAUUAGCUGAUGAUGAAUAUAUGGCAGCAGCAAUAGGUGACGUAGAAUGGCUAAAGCAAAGUUUAAAAGAUUCUGGAUCUGAAUUAAACUUUGAUAAAAAUGGCUUAGCGGCUAUACACUUGGCAGCUAUACAUGGUCGACUAGAAUGUUUAAAACUAUGUAUUGAAAAAUUCAAAAUGGAUGUGAAUAUUCCAAGCAGUACAGGAUGGAGGCCUAUUCAUUUGUGUAUUAGUAAUCAAACUGGCAAAAGGUCAUUUCAAUGCAUGGUUUAUCUUUUAGAAAAUGGUGCUCUUCCUUCUGUUACAAAUGAUGAUGGUAUUACACCAGCACAUCAAGCAGCAAGUGAAGGACAUGUACAGUGCUUAAAAGUUCUUAUAGAAAUUGGUGCCAAAAUUGAUGGCAAAGACUGUCGUGGGAAUACACCUUUGGAUCUCGCCAAGCUUUGGGGUCAUCGGAAGUGUGCAAGAAUUUUAGCAGCUGAAAUGUGGCACCAUGAUAAAACAUUUGUUGCUAAAGAAAUAAAACAGCUUGGAAAAAUAAAAAUGCAAAAUUUUUUGAAAGAGCUAGAACUAGAAGGGGAUAUCAAAUCUACAAAAGGUGAAUUGGAAAAGAUGUCACUGUUUGUUGAUGUCAAUGAUCCAAAACAAUGGAAUGAAAUUGGAUCAAAGUUAAACAGUAAAAGUAAACCAUCUGACCUGACUAUAAAAGAAAAUAAGAAACAGAAACAAGCAGUAAUAAUUACUCAUGAAAUGCAUGAUAAAGAAAAUACCAUUAUUGUUAAGGAUGACUUUGACAAUGAAAGUAUAAAUGAAGAAAAAGAUGUGGUAAACAAACAAGACAAAGGGGUUAAGUCUCCAAGCUUUUAUAAUGUGGAUAAUUGGAACAUAUCAACCAAAGCUGAAAAUAGUCCUUACAUUCCAGGAUUGGAGGAUGAUUAUCCUCGAGAUGAAUAUACUAAAAUGCCUAAAGUGAAAGGUGCACCAAAAUAUUAUGAAGGUAAAUUUGUCUCCAUAUUGUCUAUUCACAAUAUUGAUGAAGAUAUUAAAAGAAAAGGAACAAGUGCCAAACUUAGAAAACCAAAACUCCCAGAGGAAGUUAUUGAAAAAGUUUUGUCUGGAGAGUCGAGUCCAGCUGAGAGGGGAAUGAUUUUCAAGUGCAAGCAUAUUGAUGAUGUCCAUACAAAAAGAAAAUAUGAUCCUGACAUAACAGGGCGUUCUGAGGCCCCACUACAUUUAACCAAUGAUGUCAGAUCUUUACUGGUGAAAAAAAGUCUCAUCCUUAAAGAAACACCCAAAACUUCUAGUACUUCAUCUCAUUUGAGCUCUAAAACUGACAGUCUUGUUUGGAUGGAAGAUAAUUUCCCAUUGCCUUUAGUAAUGCAAACCUUGCAAAAUAUGAAGAAACCAAGUUAUUACCCAAAUAUUAGUGAGCAUUAAUGCUAUUUAAAUUUGUGAAAAACAAUGUUUUUUGGCAAACAACUGUACAGCAACAUUUAAUGCUAAAAAUAUUAUGAAUAUUGGAAUAUGUAAAUAUGUACUGGUAUACUGGAUUCAACAUAACUUAUUAAAUUGUUUUAAAGUUGGAUCUAUAUAUUUAGAUUGUCAUAGAGCAAAGAAAAUAGUGUGUGGUACAAAUUGCAAUGAUGACAUUCAUUUCAACCAUCAAUUCUAUCCUUCACAAAGAAAAUUAUUCAUUGCAAUGAAAGAAUCUUUUGAAAUAUAUUAAGGAAGUAUAUCAAUUAUCAUUUUUUAUGAUUUAAUCAUUUAUCAUUCAUCAGAAAUUCCUGUUUCAAUUUGUUUACAUUAUGUAUGUUUUCACAACCUCAAAGCAUGGAAGAACUACCACUAUACAAGACAAAAACAAUAGAUAUCUGACUGAGGAAAAGAUGUGAUAAGAAGAUGCUCGGAAGAAGCAUCAACGGUGAAAGCAGUGAAAAAGGGAAAAUCAGCCGGAGUGGACAACAUUCCUGGUGAACUUUUAAAGAUUGGAGGAGAAACCAUGAUAAGCACACUUUUAAAGAUUCGCAGCAAGAUCUGACAAUCAGAAGAAUGGCUCAAAUCCUGGACUAAAUCACUCUUAAUCACUCUUCUAAAGAUAGGCAAAAUUUACAACUCUGCCAAAACUACCAGAUCAUCAGCCUCAUAAGCUAUUCCAGCAAAGUCCUGUUAAAAAUUAUACUAAACCUGCUAAAACCAAUAGAUGAUAAAAAUUUAUCAGAUGAGCAAGCGGCUUUUAGACAAGGUUGCAGCACAACAGAACAAAUUCUAAACCUAAGGAUACUCUGUGAAAAAUACCUCCAACAUCAACAGAACCUUUUCCUUGUCUUCACUGACUUCAAGAAAGCAUUCGACAGAGUAUGGCACGGAGCACUGUGGGCAACAAUGGAAAAAUACAAUAUAAAUCAAAACAUAGCAAAAGUUACCCAAAACCUCUAUAAGCAGGCCACUAGUGCAGUGUACUUCAACAACAACAUUGGAGACUGGUUCAAUACCCGGGAUGGAGUGAGAGAAGGCUGUCUACCUCUCACCAACUCUUUCAAUAUCUUCCUUGAAAGGAUAAUGGAAGAUGCUCCCAAGGGCUAAAAUCACAGUUCUGUAUGCAUUGGAGGAAGAAAAAUUACUAACUUUGCGGACAAAAUAGAUGGUCUGGCAGGGACAGAAAAAAAAUUAGCUGAUUUGGUGAUGUGCAUUGACAAGACUUUCACAGCAUAUGCAAAUCAAUGCUGAAAAUUGAAGCGGCGUUUCAUAUCCGCUUUUACCUCUUUAAGGGGCACAUAGCCUUGGAUUGUGGAGCCUAAGUAGCAGAAUUCAUACACAAAAUCCAACAGAGAUUUAAUGAUACAUAUGGUUGGUAGCAUUGUAUUGAAUGGUCCCAUCACAUUUUAUAAUAUCUUGACUUCGAGUCCCAAGCUUAAUAUAUAUACUAUAUAUUUAUAUAUAUUAUAAACAGCUUUAAUGUUGCUUUUAUUUUUGCAAAGUACUGGUCUACAACUUAGCACAAACAUAAAUAUGUUUCUAAACAAACAUUAAAAUACCAGUAUUUUUUUAUAAUAUUAUAUUUUUGAACGUUUUUGAAAAUAUUCAAACUGAACUCAUGUUAUUCAUUAUGCCUUUUGAGUAUUAAAUCUAAUUUAUUACCACGAGGAUAAUUUUGUACCAUUUACAAAUUGCAAUUUUGAUUCUGCUUUUGCACUGUAUCUUAUGUCAGAAUUGUUUUUUCACAUUAUGAUAAUAAGAUACUGGUAAUCUUCCUUUCUAAUGCCAAAACAACUUUUUUUGUUAAGCUGUAUUGUCUACUUUUGUUGUAAAAAAUAUUUUGUCCUGAAGCAAAGUUAUUUUUUAAAAUCAUAAAUUUACUUAACUAUUUUACUGAUAUUAAACUAACAAUUACUUUGAAUGAUUUUCUUUUUGUUUUUUUUAAAUAAACUAAAAUCAGUCAAAAAUUACAAAAAGGAACUAAGAACUAAAUUAACUGUAAUUAAAGGAAUAAAACUUUUUAAAUUUUGACUUGAGUUAUAAUGUAGAAUGUCUUUAUUUUAAUGAAUUUUUUUCAAAUCUAUAUUUAUGCAAGCAUUUUAUUUAAAUUUGUUAACUUUUUCCCUCUAUUAUUUUUUUUUAAAUAUAUGAUCCAAUCUAUUUCAAGUAAGAUAAGUUCUAACUUAUUGUUUGACUUUAAAAAGCUCCUUUAGGGAAAAGCCACUAUGUCAGUCUAUUUGUCACAUUUAGAUCUCAAAAAAAAAAAAAAAAAAAGUGAUUGCAAAUGCAAUUUUCACCAUUGCUUUCCAUGGUACUCCAUUAUAUAGAAUUAACAACUAUUGAUUUUCUAAAAGUAAUCCUUUUUUUUUUAAAGAUGCAUUUCCAUUAACUGCUUUAGAUUUUGUGAAAGCAAACCAAUUUUUUUCAUUAACAUAUAGCUGUAUUGACUACUUUUAAAUAAAGCAAAAAUAAAUUUAAAAAAAAAAGAAAGAGUCAAUAUUUUAUUUAAAAAAUUUAUUGCAAAAAAAAAAAUAAAGUGUAAUUUUGUUUUUAAAAAUUGUCUUUAAGCAUUUCACCAAACUAAAAAACAAAACUUGCCAAAUUAAUUAUUUAACAUUUAUUUGUUAUGAAAGAAAUGAAACAAAACUUGCAUGUUGGGAAGCCUAAGUUAAAAAGAUGUCUGACAGGUGAAUAACAAUGUAAAUGAAUGAUUUGAAAUCAAACAAAUAUGUAAGGUCUUAAGACUUAUCUUCAUAAGUUCAAACAACUUUUUAAAAUUGUUCAGAACAAAUGUUAUGAAAUAUGAAAACCUUUUAAAGCAAUUUAAACAUGUAUCAAGUUGUAAUGCAACAAAUUUAAUUUAAUCUUGUUAUUUUUUUAUAAUUGCUUAGUUUCUUAUAAAGCAAAAUGUACAAUAAUGUUUUAGCUUAUAACAAAAAAAAUAUAUCUCACUAAUUAACUAAGAAUCUAAACAUUUUAGAAAUAUUUAACAACAUGAAUACUUACCUACAUUAGUUUGUAAUAACGUAAAAAUUAUUUUAAUUCUUUUAUUCAUCUCAAAUCAAAUAACAAAAAAAAGUAAUGCUAUAAAUUUCAAUAGAACAGUCUGCUAAAUCAUACUGAAUUUUUUAUUUAAAUACACAACAAAAAAAAAAGCUGACACAAUAGUUAUUAUACAAAAAUAAUUGAUGGUGCAAAACAUUACAUUACUAUGAUUCAUUACAUAAGAAUAUUUUCUAUGUACAACAUUUUCUAUUGAUACAGAGAUGAUAUUAAUGAUAAAUGAAUAGCAAGACAACUAAUCCAUAGUAUUAUGCAUAUAACUUAGACUUUCACAUUUUCAUACAAAAUGAUUAUGUGUUAAAAAUGAUAAUGUUCUUAACAAAAAUUUUUUUUUCAUCUCAUUGUUUCCCUAAAAACAAAUAAAAAUGCUCAAAAUAAAUAUUGAUAAAAAAAAAAAAAAAAAGACUGAACAUCAAGCCAUAUAGACAAUAUAAUAGCAUAAUUCCAUGCAAUUAUCACAAAGCACAACAUAAUAUAAUGUUAGUAUCACAACAAUAAAUAUUUUUAGUAACUGGGAUGCACAUUGUGAAAAUACUAAGUACAAUAUAGUAAUGAAGUCUUAAAAAUUCUUAGCAAUAUUUUAUACUAUAAUAUAUUUUAUAUUUAUUUAACAGCGUUUCUAUUUAAAAAAAUACAUUAUUUUAAUUAAAUGAAUUAGAAAUAUUUUUUUACAACUUAAAAGCACAAUUUAUAAUAUCUGUAACACAACACAAUAGCAAUUAUUUACUUUUCAUUGAAGUCAAAAGUUAGUCAGAUUUAAUUUGUGUUUUAAUAUUUAGCUUAAACUUGCAGUAAGCUAAACAGAACAUCAGUAAUGCCUAGUUAUAAUCUAAAUUUCUAAUUCCAAAAUAAGUCCCCCCCCCCCCCCCACCUUCCCCAUUAAUUUUUCUUUGCGUAAGUUAUUUCUGACAUUGGCAUCCUACAUAUUAAUCUUUAUAUUAAUCCUUGCAAAUCUUACAGCAUAUUGGAAAAUCUCUUUCAGUGCUUUGGAUUAAUAGAUGUUUGCUUUUACCCAUUACAUUCCCUAUUAUUGUAAUCCUUUUUGUUGUUAUAUAAUGAAAAGAAUCAUUGGGUUGAAAGGUUUACAAAACUAAAAAGGAACAUAUUAACUCUUUAAGUGCAGCGUUACUCUCAACGAGUAACUUUGCUAGCGUUGGUCAGUGCGGCAUUACUCUCAGCAAGUAACUUGGUUUAUAAUAUUUAUUUCACUAUCUUUUUUAUGUUAAACUUUUUAUUUCUUUUUUUUUUCAUUUUCUGGAUGUGGAAGUGAUUGUUCUUUGUUUUGGUAGUAAAUUUGAUCCAGUAUCAAUAAAGAAAACUUUGCGUUAA